AUGGUCCCGGCAGUGGCCCCGCCAUGGCUAGGUCCUACAAGCAUAGUGGGCAAGACUGUCCCGUUCAGGUUUUUCCCGCUUAUUGCUGCUUCCACAAGCCAUGUCCUCCUAUUACGGGCCACAGCUCAGGGGCCUGCUAUGGCUGUGUCCACACUCAUUGGAUUAAGACUGGUCCCAUACUGCCCCGCAGGUCCAGGGCGGGGCCCACAGUCCGGGGGAGUACGGGCCCGGACAGGGGCCCCCAGGGGACAACCGGGGGAAGAGGGGGGCCGGCAGGGGGAACCAGGGCGGGGCCACACAAGCUGGGGUGAAGACGGGCCCGGCAGGGGCCAGCAAUGCGGGGUCCACAAGCCGGGGAAAACUGUAAGACGGCCCCACGUCAGGGCCCCUCCAUUGCGGUUGGUAUACAAGCCUUGGUGGAAAAAGACGGGCCCCGGCAGGCCCGACAGGGCGGGGGCGGACAAGCCGGGGGGAAUCGGGCCCGCAUGCAGCCCCCCUCCAGGGGGAGGGGCCACAAGCCGGGGGGAAGACGGGCCCGGCAGUGUCCCGCCAGUGCGGGGGGCCAAGCCGGGGGGGAGAAUAGUUAGCCGGCAGGGGCCCGUCCAGUGCGGGGGGCCACAAGCCGGGGGAAGCGGGGCCCGGGCAGUGUCCAUCCAGGCGGGGCCCCAGCCGGCAUUAGACUGGCCAGGCAGGGGGGCCCUCCAAAGUGCUGGGCCCAAGCCGGGGGUAAUACGGGGCCCGGCAGGGGCCCAGCAGUUCGCGGGGCCCACAUCCGGCCUGUUAAAGACGGUCCCGGCAGUGGCCCUCCCAGGGCUAAAGGCCACAAGCCUAUUGUGA